GUGUUGAAGGAUUCAAAGGGACUUGUCAGUACCGCUCUGCAGAAUGGUUGGACUUACGCUGCAUGCUCUUUUCUUGUAAAGAAUCAAGACUCACUGAGCUGAGACUUUGCUCUUUAGACAACUAGCCCUCCACUCUACUGUCUUCCAUUACUAGAUUGACCAGUGGCCCAGCUGCUGUAGGAUUGCCCCCCCAGGGCAAAAAGGCUUUAUUUUAAAGGCAAGUGAGACUGCUUCAAAUAAAACAACUCCCAGCUUCCAAGAAACAGUUAAGAGAAGGUGGAGACGAGCAGAAACACUUCUUCGCUGACACCCGGUUGCCAUGGACCUACAUAAGCAGUGGGAGAACACAGAAACUAGCUGGCAUAAGGAAAAGAUGGAAUUACUGGACCAGUUUGACAAUGAGAGAAAGGAAUGGGAAAGUCAAUGGAAGAUCAUGCAGAAGAAGAUAGAAGAGCUUUGCCAGGAAGUAAAGCUUCGGAGAAAAAUCAACCUGAAUGAACGUUCUAAGGUCCUUGAUCUUGAUCAUGAGAAAGCCAUUCAAGAAAUGUUGGAAUCUUCUUCAAACAACCCCAAUUCAGGAAAAUGUGAACUUACAGGGAUAAAUCACAGGGAUGGUCCAGAGAAAGAAAAUAAAUCAGAGCAGUGCUUACCCUGUGAAGGAAAUCAGUUGGGUAAGGAACAAAAAGCAACCAAAAGAGCAAAAGUAGGGUUUAUGGAUCCUGCCGCCACAGACAACCAAAAGGAAUUCCAGGCCUGGCCAGGCCCCAGGACUUCUGAGGAAGAGAGGAAGAGCUGUUCUGGAGCCCUCAGCACCGCUCUUGAAGAACUUGCCAAAGUUAGUGAAGAAUUAUGCAGCUUUCAAGAGGAAAUUCGAAAGAGGUCUAGCCACAGAAGAAUGAAGUCAGACUCUUUCCUUCAGGAAAUUCCAAAUGUAAUCAGUGUGCCUCAUGGCGACCCCUUGACCAAAAAUGGCCAGUGCAUUCUUCCAAUCAGUUUAGAAAAAGAAAAACAGAAAAAUAGACAGAAUAUGAGCUGUACCAAUAUGCUCCAAAGUAAUUCUGCGAAAAAAUGUGGAAUCGAUACAACUGAUUUGCAAAGAAAUCAGACCCCACCAAUUCCUCCUCCAAGAAGCACCUCUCGAAAUUUUCCCAGCUCAUAUUCUGAACUAGCCCAAGAAAGAUUGAAGGAAAGUUUAGACCACAACAGCUGGGUGGCCCAGAAGGGUCAAGGUGAAAGGAGCUGCAGUCUUCAUUCCCUUAUGAGGCUGCAGGAGAUGCCUACGUCAUAUCCAGAGGAAGGUAAGACUAUGGAAGAUGAUAUGAUGUUUUCCUCUUUGACACGAGGAGUCAAAAUAGACAGCAAGCCUCCAGUUAAUGAAGAUGGACUUGGCAUAUGGUCAAGUGACAUUGAGAUAGGUGCAAAAAAGAGCCCCUCUUCUUUGUGGUUUCAGAAAACCUGCUCUACCCUCAAUAUGCCAAAAUUUGAAAAAGGGAUCCCAGAUCAUCCUGCUAAAUCUCAUUCUGAUCUUUAUGUAGGUAAUGACCGUAGUUGCUCCGUGACACAGAGUGGUGGUCCACCUAGAAGUUUCAGUUGUGGCUUUGAAAGGACUGCAAGGAAUGAAAAGUUAGCAGCAAAGACUGAUGAAUUUAACAGAACUGUAUUUAGAACAGACAGAAAUUGUCGUACAAUACAGCAAAAUCAAAGCUACUCAAAAUUGUCUGAGGAUCUUAAGCCCUGUGAUACCUUAACUAUUCCUGUUGGUAGCUUAUCAGAUAUAUCAAGUAGUGACAGCGUGACUGGUAUUCUGAAAACCAGUGCCCACAUGCCUGUGCCUAUGGAAAAUAUGGCCGAUAAUCCCACCAAAAAAUCCACAGCAGGUCUGGUCAGACAAAUGCAGGAACACAUAAAUCCUAGCAGUUAUCGGAAUAUGCUCCAUGAGCAUGACUGGAGACCCAGCAACUUGUCUGGCAGACCGAGGUCAGCUGACCCCAGGUCAAAUUAUGGUGUUGUGGAAAAGCUGCUGAAAACCUAUAAGACAUCAACAGGAUCUUCACAGCAAAAUUCUAAGUGUUUCCUGGAUAAUUGGACCAAAUGUAAUUCCAAUGUCAGUGGUGGUGCUACAUCAAAACAGCAUUUAGAAAUGCUUCAAAUGGAGCAAGAGUUGCAGCAAAAGACAGCUUUGUGUGGGCUACAACAAGUGAAGCAAGGAGUAGAUUGGAAAAAGGUAACAGAGGAAUCCAUGGCGGUGAAAGUCUCACAUGGAAAAGGAUUUUCCCGACCUGCCAGACCAGCAAAUCGCCGUCUCCCAUCCCGAUGGGCAUCCAGAUCUCCAUCAGCACCACCUGCCUUGAGAAGAACUGCCCAGAGCGAUACCAGUUCUCUGAGAUCUGAAGUACCCAUGGUCUAAGUCUCUAGUCUGGAUUGCUAGAUUACGAAACUUCUAGUCCCAAUUGCCAAACUGAACAUUCUGAGUGUUUACAGUCAAUCCUGUUCUCUUCGGUAUCGUUCAAGAUCACUGGGACGAGCAAUUUCAAUCUUAACUUUCCAUCAGUCUUCAGUGUUUUUAAUCUAGGGAAUAAUUAUCUCCUCGUAUUUUGAUUUCUUAGGUCAGAAUUUCUUAAUGCCAUCUUCAUUAAUUUUCCAAUAUGAUUAAGUUGAAACAAUGUACAAUAUUGUAUAUUCUAACUUUCUUGCAAGUGCAGAAAGCAAGGUUAUGUGCAUGGCCAUGUGUUUGUAGGUGCAUGUGUUGUAAUAGGAAGCAUUCUAGUAUGUAUUUAGGUAAGAAAAACAUAUGUGCUCGUGUUGACUUUGAAAUUAUAACGUGUAUACCUAUGUAUUCUUCGUGUUUAUUUAAAAGUUUUGAAAAUAUACAGUACUAUUUUGUAUACCUUUUAAUAGGUAUCACCUAAGGCAUUUGAGGUUCAUACAUUAAUUAACCACUCCCUUGACCCACAACUACAUUAAAAAAUAAGAAUUAUAGACAUAUCUAGCAUUGGUAGUUUUCUAAAUACAGCUCAUAAAUGGCUUCUUAACCCAUAUUAGGACAAAUUAAUAGCAUUGACUUUCUUGUUUAUUUUAAGUAAAGACAUCACACAUUUAACAGAUGAGCCUUCUAAAGCAAGCAUAAAAUGUUCAUAAUGCUUUUAUACAUUGCUUGGUAGUCUUGUAUGGCUUUAACUGUAUACUUGAUUCUCAGAGCCAGUGUCAUAAGACUGCCUCAUGAAUGAAAGGACUAAAUAAUGAAUUUAUUUUGUCAACCUCAGUAAUAGUCCUUAAAUGGGAUGCACAAAGAAAUUAAAUCAUGUUGAAGUUUACCUUUUCUUGACAUUAUAGUAAGCUUUUAGUUUAGCUACUUUAUCUGGAUUCAUAUACAUUUAGAGGUAAGUUAUUUUUCCCCUAAUCUUUUCCCUUAAAAUUAAUAGAUAAAAGACUAAUUCACUUUUUUAAAAAAGUAAGAUCAGGAAUAAUUUCAUUGAGAGCUGAAUUGUAAUAUAUUUCUUAGAAUGUACUACCAAAAAAAUAAAAAGCCUUAAACUAAACUUAGGCAUUUAUAGGAGUAAAAGGAACAGAAAUGUGUAUCUUGGCUACAAUGUCCAUACAGUGAACACAUAAAAACUGUGUUGAGAACUGACAGAAAUAUAGGUAUAUUGAAGUGUUUGGCAUUUUACAUGGAAGAUUUUAGAAUCAGCUUUUUUCUCCAUUGUCUUUAUUUAAAAAUAAUAAUGUUAUUAGUUAGAGAUUAAUUUUAUUUAAGCUGUUCUUUGCCAAAAAUGGCUAAGAAAUACUUAAUGACAAAUGUAUUCAAAGAGUCUUCUUCCUUUGAUAUUCUAACCACUUAGAGGAAUUUACUUUAUUAUACCAUGCCCUGAGGUAACAUAAAUAAUUUGCAAAUCACAAUUGCCUUAAAAGGCUCAAGACUGUACCAUGGUGAUGGCUAGAUUCAUGUGUUAUGACAAGAGCUGAAUUAAACUUCUAGAAUGUGAGCUGGAUCCUUUGGUAAGUAAGGGCUACAGAUUCAUUCUCCUAAUUCUUGUUUCCAUCAGGAAAUAUCUUUCCCCACAGGAAAUACAUGAAAGAAAAGUAGCCUAUAUACCAAGUGAUAUUACUCUAAUUAUAUGCUUUUUGAUAAGAGGGGAGAAAAACACUAGGAAGUUGCUACCUUGGGUCAUGAAAUGAUGGACCUAUUAAGGAAAUGUUACCGUUGACAGUGGUGCUCAAAUACUGUGCACACAUCUGUUCCUCUUCAUCCCUGUACCCCAGGCAGUCUGGUAUGAUCUGUGGUCCCACCUUUACCUGCAAAUUAGAAUAUUGAAACUCUCUUUUAAAAAUGAAUUCCCAGAUCUCCCCCCUAAUUAUUACAGAGAAAUUUCUAGGAGUGGAGAGCAAGAGUCUUUAAUAAAACAAAACAAAGCAAUGCAAGAUAUUUGAUAACCAGGCAGAUUUGGAAGCAAUGACUUUGAUGAUAAGUCAAUGGCGAGGUGUCAUGGGUGGUCACUUUUCUUCCCUGAAACUUGCCUUCACUAUCUGUAAAUUAAAAGUUAUAUUGCCAGUCUUCACAAUUUUAAGCCUCUUUUUCUAUUAUUUGACUGAACCAGUGGGACCAUUUUAAUGUCUUUUAGGUUGACUAAAAUCAUAGAAUAUUAGAGCUUAAAAAAGAACUAGUAUCUAGUCCAACCCCAGAACUGUAAAACUGAAGAAACUAAAACAUUGAGUACUCUUGUGUUUUCUUUUAAAAUAUUUUAUAGUUUUUUAUGGAAAAGUCUGUCGGGUAAAUGAAAAUCAUCCUUGAAAAAUAUUUUUUGAUGUAUCGUGAUUUUUAACUGAUAAUUUUUCUACUUUGGAUGGGCAUUUUCUCCCCAAAAACAUAUCCAUUAUAUCAUCAUUGCUGGAUUUAAAGGAUUUGUAAACAUUCACAAAAAUGUUUGAUUAGGAACAUAUUUAUAGAUGUUUUCCUAAUAGACUUUUGAGAGGAAAUCUUAUAUUAUUUCACAGGGGAUUACUGAUAUUAUUAGCUGAUCUCAGAAAGGAAUAAGAAUAAUGCAGAAAAGAGUGCUUGAGUUUGUGUGUCUGUGUGUGUGUGUGUGUGUGUGUGUUUUAUGUGUGUGUGAGUUAAGCUUGUGUUUGUGUGGUGUGUGUGAAUUUCUGUGUAUGUUUAUGGUAUGUACAUACACUAGCCGCUCAUCUAAGUUUUCCGUAUUGCUUUAGGUCCCAAAGCCAAAUAUAACCACACAAAGAUGAUUUGUAGAAUUUACUGUUUCAAAAUUUAUCCAUAACUUCAUUUGUUUUCAUAUGCAGUGAACAUAAUAUUUCAUUUUGCUAAUAUUUCUCUAAAAGAUGAUUUACUUUUACAUAGAUGAUUUAAGCAGGCUCCAUAUCACCCUGAGAAAAUACACAGACCUAAAAAAGAGUACCUACCUCCCUAGAAAGAUCCUUCAAAUUAUUUUUAAGCACAUUUGCUGUUAAAACAAUCACUUGCUGUUCAAAUUUCCUCCAGCCACUGGAAGCUAUGAAACAAGUUUGGAAACAGCCACUGUAGCAUUUAUAUAUACUGAGAAUAUUUGUAUUUUUCUCCUUUUCUAUAAUGAACUCUAGUAAAACUAAGAGUCUUAUAAAGUCUAAACUCAAAUGUAUACAGUUCAAUCUAGCUUCUCCUAGAAUAUUGCUAGAUAGUAGAAUUUAAGCCAAUCUGCCUGACUUCCUGCUGCCAGCCCCAUACAACCCCUGGACAGUUCCUCGUACGCUGACAUUCACUGUGCCCUCUUAGCUGCUAAUUAAGUAUGAUUAAAGUUUUCUUUGAAAAGAACAUUCACCUCUGAAACUUGCAUUUACAUGAUGAAAUUAGGUAAAUUAUUUUUCGGCAGAUUCAAAUUUCUAGCAUAGCACCAUUUUGCUUCAAAAUCUGCAUGUUUUUCUUAAGUAGCAAGUGCUUUUAUUAGAAGUUACCACUAUGUCUUAGUCAUCUCACCUAGAAAGUAUGCUCCUUCUAAAAAUGGAACAUUAUACUGCCAAAAAAAUCAAAAAGAAAAUUGGAGGAGUGGUCCUUCAGGCAAGAGCCAAAGAUGACUGCUACUCUAUCACUUUUACUCCACAGAUUUUUCUUAUUGCAGGAAACAAUCUUUGUCUCAGUGGAAAGGAAAUCACAAGACUUAAAAUCAGAUCCGUAUGCCAAUUAUCCUUAUGAAUCCUACAGGUCAGAUUGAUACAUGCUGGAGGAAAAAAAAUCUCAUAUGUAGCUAUGGAGAAGACUAGAAAUUAGGGAAGAGUCCAGGUUUAGAGGGACCUUAGAAGUCACUCAGAACAAUCUCGUUGAGAGUGAGAAACCUGAGACUUGAGAAUUCUGUGUGACUGCCAGGCUUACAGGGAUGAAAUCUGAAUCUUCACUUGAAUAUUCGUGGCCUGUUUCUGCGUAUAAAUGUUCUAUAUCCAUCUUUGACUUAAAGUUUGCAAAGCACAUUUGUAUUCGUGACUUGCUUGCUACUUAGAAUAAACUUCAAGGCAGGCUUUGUGAUUUAUAAUUGCAAAAGAAAAAAUUAAAUAGUCAAUAAUUAGAAUAAAUAAUGUCUCACAAUGAUGUUUUGAAAAACAGGUGGCUCUUCAGACACCUGGCUUAGGCUCUUUUUCAAAAAAGAAGAAGAGAAAGAAAGAGGGAACAGGUUUUUUUU